CGCCAAUUCGCGCCAAUUUCUUCUCGGUUUCUCUUCAGUAAUUUGAUUCAUUCUGAUUCAUUCUGUUACUUUUCGCCGCCAUGUCACAGUAUCAAUCAAUGAUCGGAUCAACAAUCACGCCACUUGAAGCCUUGGAUGAUCUAAAGGAAGAUGAGUUUGAGAGAUUUGUGUUUUUUCUUUCUCGGGUAAAAGAAAUGUAUAUAAAUGAUGAAAAUAUUCAGAAAAGAAAACUGCACAAAAAAUCUAGAGUAGAAGUGGCUGGAACUAUGAUCGAAACAUAUGGGAAUGAAAUUGCUCUUCAAGUCACUAUAAAAAUUUUGAAACACAUGAAAGAAUAUGAAUCAGCAAGAACAUUGGAAAAGCAAAUACAACAAAAACGGAAAGAGUCUGAUUCAAUUGCUGUGCCUGUAAAGAAGCAGAGACUGGCCAAUGAAUCAAGAGAGACGUGUCAACCAGCCAGUGUAAAAAAAGCGCAAGAUCUUCAGAGCGUCAUGACAAAACAUAAAGACUGGCUUAAGCAUCAAAGUCAUUUCAUUGUUGAGGAGACCGCUAAAGAUAAGAACAAGAUUCCACUUAAUUACAUAUACACAGAUUUGAUUAUUACAAAAGGAGAAAGUGAAGCUCGAAAUAAUGAGCAUGAGGUUUUGAUGAACGAUAACUCACAAUUUUCAUACGAGUCCGGAAUCCACUGCAAUGACAUCUUCGGUAAGAAUGAAGAAGAAAUCAAAACUGUUCUUACGAAGGGUGUAGCUGGCAUUGGAAAAACAGUCUCUGUGCAGAAAUUCAUCCUUGACUGGGCUGAGAACAAAGCCAAUCAAGAUGUGGAGUUUCUGUUUGUACUUCCAUUUCGUCAACUAAACCUGAUCGAAGGUGAUUAUAGUCUUCAUGAGCUUUUGGUUCACUUGCAUCCCCAGCUUAAAGACUGUCACUCAGACAUGUAUGUCGACAAGAAGAUUUUAUUCAUAUUUGAUGGCCUUGAGGAGAGUAGAAUUCAACUGAGCUUUAGACAAACUUCUGUCAGUGAUGUUCACACCAAAUGCAAAGUGGAGGUCUUAAUUAUAAACCUCAUAAAAGGAGAGCUACUCCCUUCUGCUCUUAUAUGGAUAACGUCUCGACCAGCAGCAGCCAGUCAGAUUCCCUCGCAGUACAUUCACCGUGUGACAGAAAUUCAGGGGUUCAGUGACUCACAAAAGGAGCAGUACUUUAGACAGAGAGUGACCGAUCCAGACGAAGCCAAAAGAAUCAUCUUGCACAUAAAGAAAGCAAAGAGUCUUCACAUUAUGUGCCACAUUCCGGUCUUUUGUUGGAUUUCAGUUACUGCUCUUCAGCCAUGGCUAUCCCACAACCACAAAAAAGAAAUCCCCACAACAUUGACUGAAAUGUACUCUUACUUUUUACUUGUUCAGAUGAACAGGAAGAACGAGAAGUUUGACCAGAGAUAUGAUUCAGACACAAAGUUACUGCUGGAGUACAACAAAAACAUGAUUCUGAAACUUGCCGAGUUGGCGUUCAGACAGCUGCUAAAUGGCAAUGUCCUCUUCUAUAAAAAAGAUCUGGAAGAGUGUGGAAUCAAUGUCCAAGAAUCCUUCUUAUGCUCUGGGAUUUGCACGGAAAUCUUUAAAAUCGAACCUCCGUUUUAUCGCACAAAAGUUUAUUGCUUCGUGCACUUGAGCUUCCAAGAAUUUUUUGCCGCUCUCUAUGUGUUCCAUUGUUAUCUGUGCAAGAACACAGCAGGAGUGAAGAUGUUUCUGCCAAAAACCAAGGUUGUGACAAAAGUAUCACUGGAUGUGCUAAUGAAGCAUGCAGUGGAUGAAGCCUUGAAGAGCAAGAAUGGACAUCUUGACCUUUUCCUGCGUUUUCUUCAUGGCUUGUCCUUAGAAUCCAACCAGAGACUCCUGCAAGGUCUCCUACCCUGUACCGAGAGCAGCCCCGAGAGCGUCCAAAAAAUAAAGCAAAAUCUGAAACGCGGACAGAAAAAGAACAUCAACCCUGAGCGUUGGCUCAAUCUCUCACACUGCUUAAUAGAAAUGAAGGAUGACACUCUUCAGCAAGAGAUUCAGACUUACCUCCAGUCCAACAAAAAGUCCAAAAAGCUCACUCUUGCACAAUGUUCGGCCAUGGCUAACAUGUUUCAAGUUUCAGAAGAAGCGAUGGACGAGUUGGAUCUAAAAAAAUACAACACAACAGAAGAGGGACGUAGAAGACUUAUUCCAGCACUAAGGAACUGCAAAAAGGCAAUUCUAGCAGACUGUAAUCUCACAGAGAACGCCUGUGAAAACAUUGCAUCAGCAUUACAGUCAGCAAAUUCACCCCUGAGGGAGCUUGACCUGAGCAACAAUGACCUACAGGAAACAGGUCUGAAAUUGCUCUAUGAAGGGCUGAAGAAUUGUAAAUUAGAGAUACUAAGACUCUCUAAUUGUAAGCUGACCACAUUGUCAGCUCUACUUUUAAGAAAUUCCUCCCUGAGAAAACUGGAUCUGAGCUAUAAUAACCUGCAGAAGGGGAUAGAUCAGCUCUCUGGACUAAAGAGCCCAAACUGUAAACUGGACACAUUAAGGAUCUCAGAUUGUAAACUCACUGCAGAAUCUUGUAAAUCCAUUGGCAAAGCUUUAGCAAAGUCACCUUUGAGAGAGCUGGAUCUGAGUUGCAAUGACCUGCAGGAUACAGGAAUGAAGCUGCUAUCUGAUGGACUGAUGAGUUCUCACUGUAAUCUGAACAUACUGAAACUCUCAGACUGUAAACUCACUGAGCAGUCUUGUACUCAUAUCGCCUCAGUUCUGAAAAAGGCUAACUCGUCCCUGAGAGAGUUGGAUUUAAGUGAUAAUGACCUGCUGGAUUCUGGUAUCAAAGUGCUGUCUGGUGGAUUAAAGAGUUCACAAUGUGUUCUGGAAAUACUGAGAUUGUCUGGCUGUUGUCUCACAGAACAGAGUUGCUCUUCACUCAUUUUAGCUCUGCAUUCAAACCCCACACACCUCACUGAACUGGAUUUAAACUACAAUCAUCUAGGACGUUCAGAAUUACAGUUUUUUUCAGUGAACAGGAAACUGAAGACCAGAACAAACCAUUCUGGAGAGUUGAGAAUAGCUAAAGGACUCAAGAAGUAUGCCUUCAAGCUGACGCUGGACCCCAACACAGCAAACACACGUCUCUCACUGACCAAUAAUAACACCAGGAUGUUGCUUAUGACAGAAGAUCAGCCAUGUCGAGACAACAGAUUGAGAUUUCAGUAUGUGACACAGGUGCUGAGUACAGAGAGUUUGUCUGGACGUUGUUACUGGGAAGUAGAGUGGCAUCAAAACGCCUCCAUCGCUGUGGCAUACAAAUCUAUCAGUAAGAGGGGACACAGAAACGACUGUGUGUUCGGAUGUUCAAAAAAGUCCUGGAGCCUGGAUUUGUCCAGGAAUAAUAGGGGAUAUAUCGUUUACUCAGUAAUGCACAAUAAAGAGAGCACUCCCAGUUCAUAUUCCCAGUUUAACAGAGUAGGAGUGUAUGUGGAUGUCCCAGCUGGGAUUCUGUCCUUUUACGCCAUCUCCUCUGACUCACACAAGCUAACACGCAUACACACAUUUCGUACAACAUUCACAGAAAGACUUUUUGCAGGAUUUGGACUCAAACUGUCCAAUGACUCCAUCUCUCUCAUUCGUUCUUGAAACUAAAAAGUAAAAUGUCUUAAUGUCACAGGGAUUUAUUUUAAUU